AUGAUUAAAUUUAAUUAUAUAAUUUUCAUAUAUUUAUUUAUUCUUUUGAAAAUUCGGUGUUCAGGGAGAAUUAUUAGUGUGGAAGUGAAAAUUAGUGAUGAUUGGAAAGAAAAAAGAGAAUUUAUUUAUUUAAAAAAUGUUGAAAUAAAGGAUCGUUUUGUGAUGAAAGUGAUUGAAAAACAAAAUAAUCAACGUGAUAGUUUUAAUAAAAAUAUAGAAGGAUAUUUGCGUCCAAUUGACUUAAAUCUAAAUAAAAAUAUGUUUGAUGUUAAAAUAAGUGAUAGAUCAAAAUAUAUUCCAUCUGAUCAAUUAAAAAAGAAAAUUUUGAUUGAAAUUACUAAUAAUGAAAUAAUUCAAAAUAUUCUGCCUGGGCUUGAAAAAAUGGUAUAUUUUUAUUAA